AAGCCGCCGUUUCACACUCUAAAUCGGGGAACAACCUGCACUGAGCGAAUCCUCUACUACACCGGCCGGAUUCACGAGAUACACGAGGUUCAUGGUCUCGACAUUGUCGGAGCUAAGAUGGACUCAAUGGACUUGGAAUGGCGACCAGCAAAGCUUGAUCGUAUGGGAGCAGAUCCCUGCAAGGUUGUGAGGCAGGGGAGAGGUGAGUUCACGAUGGAGUACAAAGAACAUUUGUCUGUUUCGCGAUGUCCAGGUGUAACUGUUAAACGCUUACAAAGCUAGCAGGGCGACUGAAUAGAAUAACUAGACACAGCAGCAAGCCAGCAACACUGAACUCUUGUUGGGUGCCUAUGCAAAUGCAAUGAACUGAGACGGUGCCAUUGAAGGGCUAGAAAUGGCUUGCCGUCUGUGGCAUAGAAAGGUGUAAUGACAGCUCGACUCUUCUGCUGAAGUGGCCAUCCUUCAGAGC